GAACGUGUUUGGCGCUUUCUACGCCCAAAGCAAUGCCACUCUUCAUCUUUGAAUCAUUCUCCACUCUCUCUCUCUUUCUCUCUCUAAAACCUAACUCUCAUUCAUUCCAACAAUGAAUUCUGAAUGUGUGUAAACGCGGUUUCUGUUCAGAUCGAUAUUCAUGGGGAUUUGCUUCAGCAUUGAAGAAAAACACGUUUCCCUCUCCGAUUCAAAACCAAAACCUAAUUCCACAGGUUCGGUUGGAAAUGAAUCCACUGCACCAACAACUCUAUUAGGUGGUGGUACUGGUUCCAUGAAUAUCAAAGAACUUCGUGAAGGUGCUGGAUACAGCAACGUCCAUAUUUUUACCUACAACGAAUUGAGGCUUUCCACCAAGCAGUUUCGUCCCGAUUUCAUUCUUAAAAGGCUUAAGCUUCUCCUUCUCACUCUCCAUCUGUCGUAA